AUGAAUGUGCGUGUGUCCUUCCCCCUUCACUGCUAUUGUAGCUCUUCAUGGCUACGCAGACAGGAAACGCCUAAUUUCCUGAAAAUCAAAAGUGAAAGUGAAGUAAAGAGCACGGCAGACUGCGCCAGACCAGCAGCGAUGGCUGACGCGUAUUCGUUUGCGCUGCAUGUCGAGCUCGAAGAAAAUAAAGUACCGAGGCUUAAAAACAAAUUAGUCAAGUACUUUCAAAGUAAGAAGUCCAACGGGGGCGACUGCGAAGUUGACUACGAAGACGGCAGCAAGACAGCGGUGUUGCGCUUCCGCGAAGAGAAGGACCAGAAAAAUGUUUUGGCGAAGGAGGUCCAUCAGAUGAGUCUGGACAAAGGCGUGUUGAAAAUGACAGUUCGUCUACCUGCGGAAGAAAUAACAAAGCAGGAAUCUCCACCUAAUAAACUCAAACGAAAAUCAGAUGAUGUUGGGAAUAAAGACAAACCCUGCGCUGAAGAACACAAACCUGCAGCCAAAGUCCAGACUGAGGUGAAAGGUGGAGACGACGAGGCUGAAGAUGAAGAGCUCUGCUCCACUUUGGCUGUUAUAGAAAAUAUACCAGAGACGGUUAACAAGGAGUUUUUGGAGAUGCUGGUGGAAAAUGUCUUGAAGAUUUCUGACUCAGAAUCUGUCAACAAAAGAUACUCUUUGGAAGUCAUUCCUACAAUCUCCUCUGCUGUGGUGACCUUCAAGAGUGGGGAAGAAAACAGGGUUUUUGUGAAAAGCUGCCCUGAUAACAAAACCUUCAAAAAGAAGGGACUAAAAGUCCGGUCUCUUGAACUCACAAAGCAAGCCUUAGUUGACGACGUGAAAUCCAACUGUGAAGAUUACCUCCGUCUUUACUUUGAGAAAGUAGGUGGCGAGGUGGAAAAUGUUGUGGUCAAUGAAGUGGAACAGUCUGCCUUCAUCACCUUCAAAGAACCGAAAGCUCUUCAGGAAAUCUUGAAGAAAAAGCACCACAUCCAAAAGGAAGAGAUCAGAGUUUAUCCUUUUUACGAAUCUCUGGGAAUAGCCCUCUAUGGCACAGACACACCCUCACUUAAGUGCCCUGCUGAUAUCUCUGAACCCAUUGAAGAGGAUGUCUUGAGAUAUCUGAAUGACAAACCAUCAGCAUUAAGGACUAUUCAAGAUGAAUUAUCAAAACACUUUUGCGAGCUCAAGCUCGACCAAUCGUCUGUGCGCCUGAGCCCUUUCCCUUCAUUACUAAACGAAAAGGAUGCCAAAGCCAUCGUCAAAAAGUGGAGGGAUACUGUGAGGUCAGCCUUUGCACAAGCUUUGUCCCAAUUCAAAUCUCUGAAGCUUCAGCCAGAUUCAACAGUAUGGGAAGAGUCUGAGACGAAGAUCAGAGAGGUGUUGCUGAAUGAGGAUGUGGUUGUAGUGCCUGAUAAAGCCAGUGGUAUCUUAUCAGUUGUUGGCCUUGUUGCAGACAUUAAGAAACUAGAGCGAACUCUCGAUGAAGUCAUCACCAAGAUCACUAAAAGGGUGCACAGAGAGAAAUGUAUUGAAUCCGAUAAUUUCAAAGUGUCACCAAUGAUUUUUCACAUCCUGUGUCAAGAUGGUCUUAAGGAAAAACUGUUGGGUGUGUACCCAGAACUUCAAAUGUAUUUUAGGAAAGGCAGCCCAGAUUUGGUUUUAAGUGGUUUAAAGGAUGAGAUUUUUGCAGCAAGCAAGGUGAUAUACAAUUCUAUGUUGGCAUUGAAACGACAAGACUUAGAAAUAGAUGAGUUUGUCCUUGACUUGUUGAAGGAUGAACAACCUGAGAAACUUACAGAUGCUCUCCUCAAAUCCAAUGGAAUAAACGCAGCAUUUGAGAUCACCGCAAACAGGGUUCAGCUACUCGCUGUUUCUGACAGUUGUCUGACCCAAGCUGGAGAUCAUCUAAGAAAGCACCUAGUAUCUCAGUACAUUGAUGCUGAAGACAGUAACAUCCUGGUGGAUCCAGAGUGGCUGGACCUGAUCAGGCAAUUUGAGAGCACCAACAACAAGUCAUUGAGAAGUAUACAAAUCCGCGCCACUGGUCAACAAGUGGUGGUGUCUGGCUACAAUGACACAGUCGAAAGUGUUCGUCAUAAACUUGAAGAGUUCUUGACACAGAAUGCUGAAGUUGAAGACACUGUUAUCAUCAAGCCCAAUGCCAAAGUUGAAUACCUUAAAAAACUUGAUACAUCUUGGUUGAAGCAAAUGGAAGACAAAGUGUCGGUUCUUUACAAAAAGGAAGCCAUCUGUUUAAGUGGUCGUAGAGUCCAUGUCUCACAAUGCAAGAAACUGGUUGAAAACUUUGUUUCUUCCUUGUUCUUUGAACAUUUAAAUGUCCCCAAGCCAGGAGUGAAGACUUUCUUCCAGGAUAAAGAGGAUAUGUAUGUUUCUUCUAUUUGGGUUGAAACUGGCUGCCUGGUCCAACUUGCUAGUGAGGCUAGUGAUGGACAGGAUGACCAAUUUCCAAUACCCGUGUAUCAGCUUCAGACAACUGAUGGAGUUGAAAUAGCCGUUUGCAAGGCAGAUAUGUGCAGCUACCCGGUAGAUGUAGUUGUUAAUGCUUCUAACCCUGAUUUGAAACUUAAUGGAGGUCUUUCGAAAGCCCUUCUUAAGGCCGCUGGCCCUCAGUUGCAGGUUGAAUGUGACAAACUGAUCAACUUGAAAGGGCAAGUCAAAGCUGGAGACGGUGUCAUAACUGGUGCAGGGGGGCAGUUGUCCUGCAAAAAAGUGAUCCAUGCAGUGGGACCCCAAUUUGAUUCAACUAAAGCCUUAAAGGCACAGGCACUGUUGAGAAAAGUUGUUAAGGGAAGCUUAGAACUCGCCGAAAUGCACGGCUGCACUACUGUGGCUCUGCCGGCCAUUAGCAGAAACCAAGGCUUUCCUCUGCACAUAUGUGCAGCCACCAUUGUCACAGCUGUGAAGGAACACUGCGAUGAACAGUCCGAUGACAGCACCCUGAAGAAGAUCCAUUUGGUGAACGAUGAUGAUGGCGCUGUUCAUGCGAUGGAGGCAGCUGUCAAACAGCAGUUUGGGAGCUAUGGUGUCAAUCCCUCUCAACAAAGUCUCCCAAACAAACCUCCAAUAGCUGUGAAACCUGGAUCCAACCCUAAUCGUUUGGGCCAAGUGCAGACCAAAGAGGGCUUGAGCAUCACUCUCGUGAAAGGAAAUAUCGAGAAUGCCACGACGGAGGUGAUUGUGAACACUGUGUCCAAAGAUCUUGAUCUCACCAAAGGGGCCAUUUCAAAUGCAAUCUUCCAAAAGGCUGGGCAAAAACUCCAGCAGGUGUUAAUGGCAAAGAGUCCAAGUGUAAAUGUGGGCGAGGUCAUUGUGACAGAAGGCUGUAAUCUGAAGAGCAAACAAGUCUUUCACGCAGUUGCAACUAAUUGGAACAAUGGCAAAGGCACACCAGGAGAGACCUUGAAGAGCAUUUUCAGUGACUGCUUGGGCAAGGCCGAGGGCAGCGCUCUUACCUCCAUAUCCCUCCCGGCUAUCGGCACUGGAAACCUGGGCUUCCCAAAAGACAUGGUAGCAUCUUUGAUGUUGAAAGAAAUCUUAGAGUUUAGCAGUAAGAAACAGCCGAAGCACCUGAAGAAAGUCAGGAUCAUCCUUUACCCUGGAGAUGCAAAGACUAUCGAGGCUUUUUGUGAUGAGUUUAAGAAGCAGUUCCCUAAUGCCUCCGGUGGUCCGGCAUCAACAAGUUCCCCACAAAAAUCAGGUCCUUUCUCCAAGGUCGUCUCGGGCGCAGAAAUACACGAGACCAAAAUGGGAAGUGUGGCUGUACAGGUGGUCAAAGGAGACAUAACAAAGGAGACCAGUGAUGUCAUCAUCAAUUCCAGCAAUGACGACUUCUCUCUUAAGACGGGUGUAUCCAAAGCUAUCCUGGAAGCGGCAGGUCAGGCUGUUGAAAAAGAAUGCCAAGAUCUCAGUGCUGAGCCUCACUCAGGCAUGAUAUUUACCCAGCCAGGCAACCUGAAGUGUAAGAAGAUCCUCCACAUAGUCGGACGGUCGGAUCCUGUACAAAUCAACAAUGUGGUGAAAGAUGCACUCCUCUGGUGUGAGAGAAACUCGCUCACUUCUGUCUCAUUCCCUGCAAUUGGCACAGGUCAAGGAAAUGUACAGGCAAAGCAGGUGGCAGACGCCAUGUUGGACGCAGUGAUUGAUGUACUGAGCCAGAACACAUCCACCAAACUGCAAAAAGUUCGGAUCAUUAUCUUUCAGCAACCCAUGCUGAAAGACUUCCACAGCAGUAUGCAAGAAAGAGAAGAAGGUGCAAAAGAAAAGAAAGGUGCAGCUCAAGGCUGGUUGGGAAGCAUAACCUCCAAAGUCAAAUCACUGUUCGGUGUGUCCGCUGAUAAGCCACAGAAAGAAGGGGAUUUUGUCAUUGAGCCUCUGACAUUCGAUCCUGCAUGCUUCCAUCUCUGCAGUAGUACACAGGCCAACGUAGACUCAGCCAAGAUGUGGCUCAACGACCUGGUUAUGAAAGAGUUCGACAGCACUACCUUUACAGACAACUCCAUCCUAUUGCUUUCUGAUGAAGACCACAAACAGAUCAGCAACAUCCAGAACACCUUGAGGGUUUGCAUCAGGACUGAAGGCAAGAACGGCCAAGCCUGGAUGACCAUCGAUGGGGCCAUCAAGAAUGUGCACAGAGCCAGCAAUGAGAUUCAUGAGCUGCUGAGGAGGACAAGGGAUGAGGAGGACCUAAAGAAGAAAGUGGAGGCGGCGAGCACAGUGGCAGACUGGCAGUACCAGAGGGCGGGGCUUGCAUUUCAGAGUUUUGAUUCCGUGACCAACUACAAGCUGGAGGAAGCUUUGGCUUCUAACCAACAAAGUGUAGAAAUAACACUCCAAGGUGAAGACUACAUGGUGGAAAUGCCAAGUGGACCUGCGACUGAUAGCCAGGGAUGCACCCUAGACAUAAAACGCAAACUAAAAGAUGAAGACGUCCCUGAGUUCUGGGACCCGAAUCCAGCCAACAAAACAUGUCUGGCUGUCAACAUCCUGCCGGGAACAUCAGAGCACACUGAAGUCCUGACUCUGUUUCAAGCCUCAUGCCAACUAAAUGUUCUGAAGAUCGAGAGGAUCCAGAACAUUGUAAUGUGGAAGAGCCUGCAGUUGCAGAGGAAGGUUAUGGAGCAGAGGAACGGUCAUCAGAACAACGUGAGACGUCUCUUCCAUGGCACCUCUGAAGACACCAUCAACCAUAUCAACGAGCACGGCUUCAACAGGAGUUUCGCAGGAAAGAACGCUGCCUGUUAUGGUAAUGGCUCAUACUUUGCAGUCAAUGCCAGUUACUCUGCCAGUAACACCUACUCCAGGCCAAACCAGAAUGGGGAGAAGUUCAUGUACCUCUGCCAAGUGCUUACGGGGGAUUUCACCGUUGGCCAAUCAAAAAUGAUCACUCCGCCAGCCAAGGGUGCCGACCCCGUUCUGAAGUACGACAGUGUUGUGGACAACAUAGCCAAUCCCACCAUGUUUGUUAUCUUCCACGACACCCAGGCGUACCCUGAAUAUUUGAUCACAUUCAAGUAACACAUCGAUGCACUGACCUGACACAAUCGAAAGCCUUAUAUCUGACACUGCCUCACAACAUUCAUUCUAUUUGCUUUUCUUUUGUUUUCACUUAUACUGAAGAUGUUUGGUUUAAAACUCUGAUGGUAAUUUUAGUUGUUUUAUUAGAUUCCUAAUAAGUAAUGAUCAAAGGCUCCUCAGUGGAAGUGUAACUUGUCUCAGCCAUUCUGCCUUGAAUAUGAAUAUGCAAACUUUAUGAUAAUCCUGCAGGAAAAUAUCAAACAAUGCCAAAUAAAAAAAUGCCUUUAAUUGAAACUCUGUAGUUAUUACACUGGACAUUGUACUGAGAGUUUACAGGGAGGGACCUGCUGUCUUCCAAGAAAUCAUGUGAUGCAUGUGGGAGAUUAGGUUUACAAUCACUUUUAGGCUGAAAGGAAAGUGAAAGUUAACUGUAGUUCCAGUAAACAGGUCUGUACAAAUAUACAUUCAUACAAGCACAGCAAAUGUGUUGUUUCUGUUUUAUAUAUAUUUCAUUUGAAGGUAAUAACUCAAUCUCUACAUCUGUCUCCAACUCACAGCAGCAAGUAGUUUCCACAUCUUGAUAUAAAUGUCACAUAUUAUGCAGAAUACACUUGACCAUGUUCUAA